CCAUCGCCGCUUUUUUAUUCAGUAAGUGGCCAUCGCUGGUUGCCAAUCGCCAAAGAGCAUCUGGAAAAGCAGAGAGAAAGAGCGAUUGAGAGAGAAGGAAAGAAAGAAAGGACGGUAAAGAAAAGUCAAUUUAUGAAAAAUAAUAAUUCAAAAAGCUUCGCUUUAUUUGUAACACUGUAAUUAGAUUAUAAAAGCAAACAGGGAAGAAGAGAAAAGAAAAAGCAACAGUUACCCGUAGCGACUCUACAGGCUGUCGGGAGGCAGGUUAUUUCCAGACUAACGGAAAUUUCAUGUGAAGUUUGAAGCUUUGAUGGCACAUCAAGUCGUCGCACUUUUCCGUCCGCGCCGGAGCAUCUCCGCGGAUCUUCUGUGACUCAAACGCGCGUAUUUUCUCUCCCCCUCACCCACCUUUUUAAAUUUACCUUUAACUUCGAGUCACUAUGCUGGACCCGUCCUCGAGCGAGGAGGAAGAUGAGGUGGUGGAGGAAGAGCGCAAAACGGCGGCAGUGGCGGCUCCAAAGGCCGCCGGGAGCGCGCGGGUCUCAUCGAGCCGCUCCAGCCAGAGCGCGAGCGGCUUACAGACCAGCCGCAGUGGCCACGCGCGGCCCUCCAGCCCCGGACCCGCGGCCGGCGGCGACAAGGAGAAGGACGAUGUGGAGAAGAUGCAAAGGGAAGAGGAGGAAAGAAAGAAGAGGCUGCAGGUCUACGUGUUCGUCAUGCGCUGCAUCGCGUACCCGUUCAACGCCAAGCAGCCCACGGACAUGGCGAGGCGGCAGCAGAAGAUCAGCAAACAGCACCUCCAGGUAGUGAAGGAACGCUUCCAGGCCUUCUUGAACGGAGAUACGCAGAUCGUGGCGGACGAGGCGUUCAUCAACGCCGUCCAGAGCUAUUACGAGGUUUUCCUGAAGAGUGACCGAGUUUCCCGCAUGGUCCAAAGCGGCGGCUGCUCAGCCAACGACUCACGUGAGGUCUUUAAGAAGCACAUCGAGAAGCGCGUGCGCAGCUUACCCGAGAUCGACGGCCUGAGCAAGGAGACGGUGCUUAGCUCCUGGAUGGCUAAGUUCGACACCAUCUACCGCGGCGAGGAGGAUCCCCGGAAACACCAGCAGCGCAUCACGGCCAGCGCUGCCUCCGAGCUCAUUCUCAGCAAGGACCAGCUGUAUGAAAUGUUCCAGCAGAUCCUCGGAAUCAAGAAGUUCGAGCAUCAGCUGCUCUACAAUGCCUGCCAGCUGGACAACCCCGACGAGCAGGCCGCUCAGAUCAGACGAGAACUCGACGGACGCCUUCAGAUGGCUGAUCAGAUAGCGAAAGCUGGUAAGUUCCCCAAGUUCGUGUCAAAGGACAUGGAGGCGCUGUACAUCGAGGAACUGAAGUCGUCAGUGAACCUGCUCAUGGCCAAUCUGGAGAGCAUGCCUGUGUCUAAAGGAGGAGAGUUCAAGCUGCAGAAGCUGAAGAGAGGCCACAACACAUCGAUCAUCGACAUGGGCCAAGAGGACGAGAACCAGCUCUCCAAAUCGGACGUGGUUCUUUCCUUUACGCUAGAGGUCGUGAUCAUGGAAGUCCAGGGUUUGAAGUCGCUCGCUCCUAACCGCAUCGUCUACUGCACCAUGGAGGUGGAAGGAGGCCAGAAACUCCAGACUGACCAAGCCGAAGCCUCCAAACCUACUUGGGGAACUCAAGGAGACUUCACCACCACACACCCGCUCCCCGUUGUCAAGGUGAAACUGUUCACAGAGAGUACAGGAGUGUUGGCGCUGGAAGAUAAAGAGCUGGGACGGGUUGUUUUACAUCCGACUCCCAACAGCCCCAAGCAGUCCGAGUUACACAAGAUGACCGUGUCUAAAGGCUGUCCGGACAGCGACCUGAGGAUCAAACUCGCUGUUCGGAUGGACAAACCUCAGAACAUGAAACACUGUGGAUACCUCUGGGCCAUCGGAAAAAACGUGUGGAAGAGAUGGAAGAAGAGAUUCUUUGUCUUGGUGCAGGUCAGUCAGUACACCUUCGCCAUGUGCAGCUACAGAGAGAAGAAGGCAGAACCUGUGGAGCUUCUCCAACUGGAUGGAUACACUGUGGACUACACCGACCCUCAGCCAGGUUUGGACGGAGGUAGGACUUUCUUUAACGCUGUGAAGGAAGGCGACACUGUGAUCUUUGCCAGCGAUGAUGAGCAGGACCGGAUCCUGUGGGUUCAGGCCAUGUACAGAGCCACGGGCCAGUCGCACAAACCCAUCCCUCCCACACAGGUGCAAAAACUUAACGCUAAAGGAGGAACAGCACCGCAGCUCGACGCUCCAAUCUCACAGUUCUACGCAGACCGUGCACAGAAACACGGUAUGGACGAGUUCAUCUCAGCGAACCCCUGUAACUUCGAUCACGCCUCGCUGUUUGAGAUGGUGCAGCGCCUCACGUUGGACCACAGACUAAACGACUCCUACUCCUGCCUGGGUUGGUUUAGUCCUGGUCAGGUGUUUGUCCUGGACGAGUACUGUGCCAGAAACGGUGUACGGGGUUGUCACAGACACCUGUGUUACCUGAGCGACUUGUUAGAGAGAGCUGAGAACGGUGCGAUGAUCGACCCCACGCUGCUUCACUACAGCUUUGCCUUCUGUGCUUCACACGUGCACGGCAACAGGCCUGAUGGAAUCGGCACUGUCACGGUGGAGGAACGCGAGCGCUUCGAGGAGAUUAAAGAACGACUGCGAGUGUUGCUCGAAAACCAGAUCACACAUUUCAGGUACUGUUUUCCAUUCGGAAGGCCAGAGGGAGCUCUGAAGGCUACACUCUCGCUGCUGGAAAGGGUGUUGAUGAAGGACAUCGUAACUCCGGUGCCCCAGGAGGACGUGAAGGCCGUGAUCAGGAAUUGUCUGGAGCAGGCGGCGCUGGUCAACUACCAGCGUCUGUCUGAGUAUGCCAAAGUGGAAGGGAAAAAGCGAGAAAUGUAUGAGCAUCCUGUCUACUGCUUGGCGUCACAAGUGAUGGAUUUAACCAUUCUUGAGAAAUCUCAGAAGGAUCAGAAGGAUCCAGAGAACGUAGGCCGCUUAGUUACGCCUGCCAAAAAACUGGAGGACACUCUCCGCCUGGCCGAGCUGGUCAUCGAGGUGCUACAGCAGAACGAGGAGCAUCACGCAGAGGCCUUUGCAUGGUGGUCUGACCUCAUGGUGGAACACGCAGAGACGUUUCUGUCCCUCUACGCCGUGGACAUGGACGCGGCGCUGGAAGUCCAACCUCCGGACAGCUGGGACAGUUUUCCUCUCUUCCAGCUGCUCAAUGACUAUCUACGGCUCGACUAUAACCUGUGUAACGGGAAAUUUCACAAGCACCUGCAGGAUCUGUACGCGCCUCUCGUGGUGAGAUACGUGGACCUGAUGGAGUCGUCCAUCGCCCAGUCUAUACACCGGGGCUUCGAGCGUGAGUCCUGGGAGCCUGUAAAGAGUUUAACAAGUAAUCUACCCAAUGUCAGCCUUCCAAUUGUGAACCUCCAAAUGCCAAAAGUUCCAAAUCUACCGGUGUCAGUUAAUCUGCCACCAGUGCAAAUACCUCUCUUUUCCACCCCCAGCUGGAUGACGGCCGUAUCGGACGCAGAUAACGGUUCAGGGACAUCCGAGGAUCUGUUCUGGAAGCUGGACGCUCUGCAGACGUUCAUCAGAGACCUGCACUGGCCUGAGGAGGAGUUCGCUAAACACCUGGAGAUGAGACUUAAACUCAUGUCCAGUGAUAUGAUUGAGUCAUGUGUGAAAAGGACGAGGGUGGCGUUUGAAGUGAAGCUGCAGAAGAGCAGUCGGACCACAGACUUCCGCGUCCCUCAGUCCAUCUGCACCAUGUUUAACGUCAUGGUGGACGCCAGAGCCCAGUCUGCCAAACUGUGUGCCAUGGAGCUCGGCCAGGAGCGACAGUAUCAUUCUCAAAUCGACAACCUCAUCGAGGAGACGGUGAAGGAGAUGAUUACUUUACUGGUGGCUAAGUUUGUGGUGAUUUUGGAGAGCGUCCUGGCCAAACUGUCUCGUUAUGAUGAGGGAACGCUGUUCUCCUCCUUCCUCUCAUUUACUGUCAAAGCAGCCUCUAAAUACGUGGAUGUACCUAAACCCAGCAUGGAUGUAGCCGACGCCUACGUGACGUUCGUCCGCCACUCUCAGGACAUCUUGCGGGAUAAGGUCAAUGAGGAGAUGUACAUAGAAAGAUUAUUUGAUCAAUGGUACACUAGCACGAUGAACCUACUGGGCACCUGGCUAACAGAUCGCAUGGACCUGCAGCUUCACCUGUACCAGCUGAAAAUCCUCAUUCGAAUUGUAAAGAAAAAAUACCGCGACUUCCGUCUGCAAGGCGUCUUAGACUCCACCCUGAACAGCAAGAUGUACGAGACGGUAAAGAACAGGUUGAUGCUGGAGGAGGCCACGGCGUCUGUGAGGGACGGAGGAAUGCAGGGCAUCUCCAUGAAGGACAGCGAUGAAGAAGACAAUUAGGCGCUGUUCGGACCGGCCGUGUUUGGUGUAGUCUGAUGAAGCGAUGCAUGUACUCUGUUCGUCAUGCUUCCUUAAUGAUUUUUACUUUCGAGUCGUACGAUUGAUAACUGGGGCCAGUGAUACGAGAUCUAUAUUUAAUGUUUACCAGAAGAUUGUGAUAAUAAACAAGAAAGAGCAGGAAGGGGGGUGGGGGGGGUCGAAUUGAAAUUGGUGUUUUACAAGUAAUAAUGUCCUAAAUGUUUCGAAGCAAUAUGGCGUACUACUUGUAAGCGAUGUUUUGCGUCAGAUGGUUAGGAAACGUAUGCCCUGUUGUGUCCCUGUGUACGGCGCUUCUUCUGUGUACUGUAAAUACAUGAAUGGUACAUAAUUGUGCAUAGUCUCUUUUGGAAGUUUUGGUUUGUAUGCCAAAUGAAAUGAUUAUGUUGUAUUUGACGCGUUGGGAGUGUUAAAAGGUAGUGUUUAAAUUCCAUUUACGCAAUCAAUAAUCACAGUAUCUCUGGUUCCACAAGACAUCUGGGACAGCCAUCUUUUUUUCUUUUUUUAAAUGAGUUAGUCGAUAUUUUAGAAAUGCAAUAUUAACUACAUUAUGAUAUACUUUGACUAAUAUUGACAAUAUAUUUAUGUUUUUAUGUCAUUUUGUGAUUAUAAAUCUCCUUUUUACAUA